AUGGUAGUGUUCAAUUAUGGAAGUGGUCACACGGUGGAUGAAAUCAGUGAAAGCGACUACAACAACUGCACUCGGAAUGAAGCUGUUUGUCACUGCCACCGCCGUAAGAGGAUCCACGGCCGCGCCCUCCGGAUCUCCGCCGCCCACCGGUACCACCACCCGACGACUUUUACCGAGCCACCUAGCUCUGUUCCGGCACCAUCUUCCUCAGGGGUUCUCUCUCCUUUUGUUGCAAUGAUGUGUACUUGGAUCCAGAAGCUAAUUAAAAUCAUUCGAAUCUUCAAAAUAAAACCCGUUGCGUACCUUACAGAAUUCCUCCUAUCAUAA